GACGUACGAGAUCUAUGUAAGAAUUUUGAUUUGGUGGCUCUUCAGGAGCAUUGGUUAUUUCCCCAUGAUCUGCCGCUUUUAGGUACUAUAUCAAAUGAAUUUGAUUAUACUGGGAAGUCGGCUGUGGAUACGUCAGCCGGCUUGCUGGUUGGAAGACCUCAUGGGGGUGUGGCCAUUCUCUGGCGAAAAGGUAUUUUCGACAGCAUAACUGUGUUGGAAUGUAGUAGUGUUCGCCUGGCGGCAAUCAGAGCGACAAUUGGCGAGCGGUCUAUUGUUGUUGUAACCGUUUAUAUGCCUACCGACUCGUCAGAUAAUUUGCCCUUAUACACUGAGUUGCUGGCGAAAAUAAACGCUAUAAUUGAAAGCGAUAACAUUGAGACAGUAUUUGUUUUAGGUGACUUCAAUGCCCACCCUCACGAACCGUUCCACAGGGAGCUGUCAGACUUCUGUGGUGAUCAGUCUUGGGUUUGUGCUGACAUUGAAAAACUCGGUAUCGACUCCGGUAGCUAUACAUUUGUGAGUGAGGCCCAUGGAUGUAGACGGUGGCUGGACCAUUUUGUAGUGUCCAUCUCAGCUUGGCAAACCAUUACAGAUGUAGGUAUUGUGGAGAAUGUUUUUGUCUCUGACCAUUUGCCUAUAUUUGCCAAGUGUGAUUUUAGGAUGGUUAGGCCUAAAAUCCAGUCAGACGGCGGCUUCCACAGCUCAGUAAUUUGGCGUGAGAGAGAUGAGUCCCAGAUUACAAAAUACCGCCAACUAUGUAACUCCAGACUACGGGACAUUGAUUUUCCAACUGAAUUUACGGAGUGCAGCCGUGGACUCUGCAACUUGGCUGAACAUAGGCAUGUCUUGGACAAAUUAUACAGCGACAUAAGCUCUAUACUCUGUGUCGCGGCCGUAGAGUCGAGUGGUGAGCGUGUCAGUGGGAGUAGGAAAGGCAGACAUUUGUGCGGCUGGAACAAGCACGUUCACACUGCACACGCGGAGGCCAGGUUGAGUUUCGAAACCUGGGUAUUAUGUAAAAGACCGACCAGUGGCGUUGUAUUUGAUGAGAUGAGCCAGGCUCGAAAGGUUUUUAAAAGUCGGUUAAAGUGGUGUCAAAAUAACCAAGACCAACUGAAAAUGGAUAUUUUGGCUAAACACAGGACCAAUAAAAAUUUUGGCAAAUUUUGGAAAGCUACUGGGAAGCAAGAAGCUAAGCCUGGCCUCGCAGCGUGUGUAGAUGGUAAAAAUGAGCCUACUGCCAUUGCUAACAUGUUUAGGACUCACUUUAAAGUGCAGUCUCUCCUUGGUCUCUCGCCCUCGCAAGUGCCCGCUGAGUCUGUCCGUGUGGGGAAGGAGAAAACUUUCACUCAUUUUACUGCUGGACAGGUCACAGAUGUCCUUAGGAAAAUGACAGGUGGUAAAUCCCCUGGACACGAUGGACUCAGUGUGGAACACCUCAAGUAUGCUGGUGUACACUUGCCGAGAGUACUCGCUUUGCUUUUUACUAUGUGCAUCAGUCACUCAUAUUUGCCAGAGGACCUGACGAAGACCAUAGUUGUGCCCAUAGUAAAAAACAGAACGGGGGAUAUCUCGGACAGAGGGAACUACCGGCCCAUCUCACUGGCAACGAUUGUUGCUAAGGUACUGGACGGCUUGCUUGAUUCUUGCCUUCAAAAACACCUGAACUUACAUGACGCGCAAUUUGGGUUCAGAUCUGGACUUUCCACUGAAAGCGCGAUAUUAAGUCUCAAGCAUGCUGUUCAGUACUACACAAAACGAAGUACACCGGUAUACGCCUGUUUCCUGGACCUCUCCAAAGCGUUUGACUUAGUUUCAUAUGACGUGCUGUGGGGUAAGCUAGGUGACAGGGGGGUGCCGGUGGAAAUCAUAAGUAUGUUUCAGUACUGGUACUCUAGUCAGUCAAACUAUGUGAGGUGGGCUGGCUCCCUCUCGGAGCCAUAUGUGUUGGAUUGCGGGGUGAGGCAAGGGGGGUUGACGUCUCCCAAGCUCUUCAACGUAUAUGUUAACGACCUCAUUGUUGGGCUGAGCGGCACCCGAGUUGGCUGUAGUAUAGGGGGCGUAAGCGUGAAUAACCUAAGCUACGCGGAUGACAUGGUGCUGCUGAGCCCAACUGUGGGUGGUCUUCGAGAGCUCUUGGCAAUUUGUGAGAGAUAUGCUGCAGAACAUGGCCUCGCUUACAAUGUAAGAAAGUGUGAGUACAUCGUCUUUGGGGCCCCCGGUAAGUGCCAGGAUAGUUCACCUUAUAUCACUUUGAAUGGCAAAAGUAUAAAAAGGGUGAACAAAUUCAAAUAUCUGGGUCACGUCAUUGCCGAGGACCUUAAAGACGAUGCUGAUAUUGAGAGGGAACGUAGGGCUCUAGCGAUCAGGGGUAACAUGCUUGUCCGCAGAUUCUACCGGUGUAGUGAAGAGGUUAAGCUAACCCUGUUUAAGGCGUAUUGCCAGAGUUUCUACACCGGGAGUCUGUGGGUAGACCAUACUAAAAGAUCGCUGGAUAUCCUGCGUAUCCAAUACAAUAACAUCUUUAGAAUGCUGCUGGGACUGCCUCGCUUCUGCAGUGCAUCGGGGAUGUUUGCCGAAUACCAAACGGAUGGCUUCCACGCCAUCAUUCGGAAAAAAACAGUAUCCCUGAUCAACAGAGUGCGGGACAGUCACAACAGCAUUCUGAAAACAGUGGCUGAUGACCUGACGUCCUCCCUGUGGAAGUGCUUGGUGAGGAGGGUCAUAUGAUCUUUUAAGAGACUAGUCUGAUUUCAAUUUAAUUUAAUUUAAUUUAUGUAAUUUAUUUUAUUUGGUUUAAUUUAAUAUAUUAAUUUUAAUCUAAGUAUUCAAUAUUAUAUUAUUUGAUUUCUUUUUAAAUUGUUUUAAGUAUUUAAUGUAAGAUUUAUAAUUAAUGACUGAUUUUAUACUUAUAUGGACCUCAUUGUCUGAAAUAAACGAUUUUUAUUU